AAUGGUUGAGCCCAGCCCUCCAGCACUGCACCCCCUCUCCAACGCCGGGGAUGUUGGCAUGGCAGAUGUUGGUGUGAAAGUCGAGCAGGAGGAAUGUGGUGGAGGUGGUGGACCUAGAACCAGUCCCGAGCCUACCAAGAGGUCUCCUUUGCAUGACUGGUCAGGAACUCAGCCCCUUGAGGCUCGUCAACUCACCCCACCACUGUCUCGCUCCCCUUCAGAGGGUUCUCCAGGAAAAGAGCUGCCUCCCAAGCACAGCCUCACAGGAGUGAAGGAAGCUAAAGAUCGAUCAGAAGGACAAUCCACCUUUAAAGAAGUAAUGCCAACCAUUGAGAAGCUGCUGAAUGCUGACUGGAAGGAGAAAUUUCUGGAUAAAAGCCCAGUAGGAGCAGGACAACAACUGAAAGGUACCCCUGAGUCUCUGGCAGAGAAGGAGCUGCAGCUGCUGCUGAUGAUCAACCAGCUGAGUGGGCUCAGAGAGCAGCUGCUGGGGGCCCACUCUGAGCAGAGGAACAUGGCCGCGCUGCUGCUGGAGAAGCAGCAACAGCAGAUGGAGCUGGCCCGGCAGCAGCAGGAACAGAUCGCCAAGCAGCAGCAGCAGCUGAUCCAGCAGCAGCAUAAGAUCAACCUGCUCCAGCAGCAGAUCCAGCAGGUGAACAUGCCCUACGUGAUGAUCCCAGCCUUCCACCCAAACACCCAGCCCCUCCCCGUCACCUCUGACCCCCCCAUGCCGCUGCCGCUGCAGCCCAUCCCCUGCAAGCCCACGGUGGACUACUCCAUGCAGCUGCUGUCCAAUUCUCAUGCCACCCCCGUGAAAAGGAGCAGUGGUUCGUUCCGGCAGGAGGCCAGUCAGCCCCUCAACCUCACCUCCAAACCCAAGGGCCUGGAGCUGGGGAAGGCCUCCAGUCCUCAGGGCCUGGAGGUGGGAUCCCUGGGACUGCAGGGGGCCUACAGGUCCAGAGAUCUGCAGAGGGAGGUGUCCCACAGCCCACCUCGCCCCACCCUCGGUUUUCUGGGAGAUGGGGACGUGGUCACCCAGGCCAUCCAUGAUGCCCAGCAGCUCCUGAGGAGCCACAGCAACGGAGGGAGGGACAGAGACAGGGAUGGUGGAGGGAAAAUGGGGCCCUGCCCGUCUCUGUCUCUGGCAGCUACACGGACCCCCGACCUUCCUCCUCCUCUUCUGGACACAUAAAGAGACCCAUGAAUGCCUUCAUGGUGUGGGCCAAGGAUGAACGGAGGAGGAUCCUGCAGGCCUACCCAGACAUGCACAACUCCUCCAUCAGCAAGAUCCUGGGUUCGAAGUGGAAGUCCAUGUCCAACCAGGAGAAGCAGCCGUACUACGAGGAGCAGGCGAGGCUGAGCCGGCAGCACCUGGAGCGCUACCCGGACUACAAGUACAAGCCCAGACCGAAACGGACCUGCAUCGUGGAGGGCCGGAGGCUGAGGGUGGGCGAGUACAAGGCCAUGAUGAAGAGCCGCAGACAGGAGCAGAGAGCCACCUACACACACAGUCAAACAGAACCACAGAUCCACUACUCCCAGAGCGAGGGCCAGUACCCGGGCAGCGGGGGCUCCAUCUCUGUCCCCAACAUGUCCUUCCACCCGGCACUGCUGGAGCAUUACCUGCCACAGAUUCCGCCCACCGCUCGCAGAGCCGAGGGUCAGGCCACGCCCACCUCUCAACCCAGGGAGCGAGAGAGAGCACGGCCCCCGUACAGCGAGGGGGAGGAAAGCGAUGUGGGAGAGAGGAGCGAGGGGGAGCUGGUCCUCCUCACAGACUGAGGUGGGGUGGGGGGGUGGGGGGCAGCAGGACCACCAGUAAGGUUCUGCUCAUCGUGCGUUCAGACGGUCUGCUUCCACCCGAGGAAGCGCAGCAGCUGCACGACAGAGCUGCUGCUGCCCCCUGCUGGACACGAGCCGAAACAGUUUCCUAUAUUCAGCUGAAGCUUUCUCUGUCCUGCGUCCUGCUUUCUUCAGCCGCCACUCUGACGUCACGMUGCUAAGAAGCUCCUGAUGUUCUCUACAUUUGAUCUGUGUUGCUUUAGCUCAGGAGGAUGAUUGUGUCUGUUUGUCUGGAGUGUUAGCA